AAGACAAUCGUCCGGGUAACAUCACCGUCGUCGUUCGUCAUCGUCGUAGCUGCUGGCUGAUACUAUCCGGCAACCCGGUACCAUCAUUCCUAAACCUAAACCUAAACAGUUUUUGGGGCAUUUCCUUACACGCACGCUCUUGUUUAGUUUUCCUUCUACUCGCCGGCGGGGUCAAUCGCCUCUAGUUUCCGUGUACGCGUGUAUGUGUGUCUGUUGUUUACUCCUCAAGUGCUUUCCGUAGGUGCGUGCGUGUGUGUACGUUAUUCGGAGUUCCUUUCCUUGGCAUUUUUACGCUCCACUUGUUCCGGUCCAGUUACGAUGGCACGUCUUUUGGCGCGUUUGUAUAAGGCGCUUCCGGCGCAAAACAACAACACCGCUUCGCUGCUGCCGGCAGUUUCGAUGAUGACGACCAGGGCGCGCAGCACCGAUAGCCGCAUCCAGGUCGUAAAACCCGUGGUCGAGAUGGACGGUGACGAAAUGACCCGUAUCAUCUGGCAGUUCAUUAAGGAGAAACUGAUCUUCCCCUACAUCAAGGUCGAGGCACUGUACUACGAUCUCGGUCUGCCGUACCGCGACCAGACGAACGAUCAGGUGACGAUCGAUGCGGCACAUGCGAUGCUGAAGCACAACGUUGGCAUCAAGUGCGCGACGAUCACGCCGGACGAGCAGCGGGUCGAGGAGUUUAAGCUGAAAAAGAUGUGGCUCAGCCCGAACGGUACGAUCCGUAACAUUCUCGGUGGAACCGUGUUCCGCGAGCCGAUCAUCUGCUCCAACAUUCCGCGGCUGGUGCCAGGCUGGACGAAACCGAUCGUGAUCGGUCGUCACGCGCACGGUGAUCAGUACAAGGCGCAGGAUUACGUGGUGCGCAAUCCGGGAACCGUAAAGCUGGUGUACGCCGGGGACGACGGUUCGUCGGAGGAGAUCCUGGUCUUCAAGUACAAUGCGCCCGGUGUUGCCCUGGCGAUGUACAACACGGACGAAUCGAUCAAAGCGUUCGCGCACUCGUCGUUCCAGGUGGCUCUGUCCAAGGGCUGGCCACUCUACCUGUCGACGAAGAACACCAUUCUGAAGCGCUACGACGGACGCUUCAAGGACAUCUUCCAGGAGAUCUAUGAAAAGAGCUACAAGAAGCAGUACGAAGAGAAGAAGAUAUGGUACGAGCACCGGUUGAUCGAUGACAUGGUGGCGCAGGCCCUCAAAUCAUCCGGCGAGUUCGUUUGGGCGUGCAAAAACUACGACGGUGAUGUUCAAUCGGAUAUCGUGGCGCAGGGUUACGGUUCGCUCGGUCUCAUGACUUCGGUGCUCGUUUGUCCCGACGGUAAGACGGUGGAAUCCGAAGCAGCUCACGGUACCGUCACACGCCAUUAUCGCGAACACCAAAAGGGACGCCCAACGUCGACCAAUCCCGUGGCGUCGAUCUUUGCGUGGACGCGUGGUCUCGAGCAUCGCGCAAAGUUGGAUAACACACCGGACUUGGCGCGGUUCGCGGGAGCUCUCGAGAAGGCCUGCAUCGACUGUAUCGAGUCGGGCAAGAUGACGAAGGAUCUGGCCAUCUGCAUUCACGGUGCCCGCAAUACCAAGGAGAACAUGUAUCUGAAUACGCAGGACUUCCUGGAAGCCAUCUCCGAACAGCUGGAACGCUCGUGGAAGAAGUAGAGCACUGUCCGUGAAGGACAAUACCCUUUACCUCCGUUUGCACCUGCCAUCAAAACUUUGUAUAAAUAAAUUUAAAUAAAAGAUUCCGCCACA